AUGUUGUCUUUAAAAAAUAUUGUAAGUACAUUUGGUACUAAAAGAGUUCCUGGGGUUUUUUUGCAUACUUCGGUGAUUAAUCAAGCCAAUGCAUUCUCAAGAGCACAGUUAAAGAAGGAUUUGAUUAAAGAUAAAGGUUUGAAAAAACCAGCCUCUGCAUAUAUCCUUUUUACUAAAGUGGAGAGACCAAAGAUUAAAAGAGAAAAUCCAGAAUUAACUACCAUGCAAAUUUCUUCUAAAUUAGGUGCCAAAUGGGCAACAUUAUCUCAAGUGGAAAAACAACCUUUCGUUGAUCAAUAUAAUCAAAAUUAUAAGAUAUACAAAGAUCAAUUGGCUCAAAUAGAAAGUAAACUACCACCGAAGAAACCAGUCAAUGGAUUUGUUUUGUUUGGAAAUGAGAUAAGAUCUCAGUUGAAAAUAGAAUUUCCAAAUAUUGAUCAAAUUGAAAUUACUAAAAAGAUUGCAGAAAAGUGGAAGAAUUUACCUGAACAAAAGAAAACUCAUUAUAAUGAAUUGUAUAAGCAAAAUAUGAUUGAAUGGAAAAAACAAAGCUCUGAUAAUAACUAA